AGCAUGUCCGAGGUCCUGCCCUACGGCGACGAGAAGGUGGCCCGCUAUGGGGCCGACUCGGAGGUCAGCGAGCUCUCCUUCAGCUGCCGCCUCCAGGACACCAACUCCUGGGGCAACCAGUCCAAGCGGCCCCCCAAGCUGGGGCAGAUCGGCAGGGCCAAGAGAGUGGUCAUCGAAGACGAUCGAAUAGACGAGGUGCUCAAGGGCAUGACAGACAAGUCGCCCGCCGGGGUAUAAGUCGGCCGCCCAUGCGCCUGCA